AUGCCGAACGUUAAAUGGCUCCUCAUCGACGACGUCGACGUCAGUUCCUCCUGGUGCUUGAACGCAGACUACCGCAACGGUGGUCUUUACAGGAUGAUGACCGAGCCUAUGAGCUGGGAGAAGGCAAACGCCACUUUCGCCGGGUAUUCUGGUGGGCGUCAGAGUUGGCUGCUGGAGUUGCCCGCAGCCCUGGCAAACCACAAUGUUCGACUCAAGGAAUUUUGCAUCAACGUAACUCCUUGUAAUAAGGAUAUGUAUACCCGCCUUGAUCCAGGUAGCAGCAAGCUUGCCAAAAGCCUCGGCAAAUUUGCGGCGAGCCUCGAGCGCCUGACAUUUUCCAUCGGUCCGAGGAAUGUUGACGGGAACUUUACGGACUUUGCGCGUGAUCCGGUCUUUCGAGACGAAACAACCAUGCCCGAGUUCUUACCGUCGGUUGCCAAAUAUCUUAACGUGCUAUUCCGUGGAGCAUCUGACCUCAAGCGUCUGGUACUAAACCUAACCGCCUUCGACUAUCAGUACCACGAAAACAUGGGCUUUCCUGGAUGGCAACCUUUUUCCUCGCUGCUCGACUAUCAGCCUUGGCCAAAGCUGCGAGAAGUAUCUCUGCAGUCAUUCAACACUACUGUUGGGGGAUUGAAGGAAUUUCUCGAAGGCAGGAAAGACUUGUAUCUGAUACUGGAUGGCUUACACAUCAUUCAGGGUGCGUUGCGAGAUGUGUUGGAUAUUCUCCGUGAAAAGUCAACACCGGUUGAUGAAGGAGAGGGUAUCAACAGGACCGGCGCCAUCGUCGUAAUCGGGCUUCAUGCUCCAUCGGACAGCUUGAUCAAGUCCAAGAUGAGCAUGGCCGAGCAGGCGCACGUCUUUAACACGGGUUUGGCGUUGCUCUAUAUCAGGGGCCUUGUGGGAGAAAAUCCCGUACCCACGGCAGCUUCACUUAUCAUGGCAGCGGCGGCUACCGAAUGUGGUGACCGGCUCACUACUGAAGACAACGUGGCAAUCAAUCAACAAGAUGCUACGAGCAGAAACAACUCGGGCGAAAACAGCCGCCGUGGCAAAAGACGUGGCAGCAACAGAAUUGGCGGCAAUAAUCAUGGCAGAGACCACCAUGGAGGAAACCCUCCCGUCGAAGACCUUCUCGAAUUCGAUAUUGACGACAUGGAUGAUGACGUGGAUCCCGAAAGUGGGUUUUCUCUUGCUCAGGAGCUGAGAGUGAUGCAGUUCUGGCGUGAACGUGGAGUCUAUGGAGAACCAACGUGGAAACAAUUCAAGGCUGCUUUGGAUGAGAUCCCCUCGGAUUCGGAGUUGGAGGGGCCGCUCUACGACCCGGAGACUGGAAUGUAUGGGAUGCGAUACAACCCGCGCCGUUAUGAAUAUUGA